UUUUUACAUUAAGCAUGAGUAAACUUACCGACCAUUUGUUUACAAAAUUUUGACAAUGACGUUUGUUAUCAUUCUGAUUCUUGAAUAAACUUAGGUUCUUGUUUGGUUGGAAUAAAAUAGCGCCGGUUUUGUUUUUGUGCUUUUUCCAAUGGCAGCCAGAAAUAUUUUGAAAUUGGGAGCUCUAGAGGCUCCUAGGACGGCGUUUUUCCUAUGUGAUAUUCAAGAAACAUUUAGACCGCACGUAAAACACUUCGGCGAAGUCGUGAAAGUUGCAAAUAAAAUGCUAGAAGCAUCAAAACACUUCAAAAUACCAGUGUACAUAUCUGAACAGUACCCCAAAGGGCUCGGGCACACCACCAAAGACAUUAAAGUUGAAGACGCGGCCUUGGUGUACGAGAAGACUCAGUUUUCUAUGUUCACUCCGGAGUUGCAGGAACGAUUGAAAAAGGAUAUUCCGGAUUUGAAAUCUGUUGUACUUUUUGGAAUAGAGGCACAUGUGUGUAUAGAGCAGACAGUGAUAGACUUGUUGAACGAAGACUUUGUUGUGCACGUAUUAGCUGAUGGUGUCUCGUCCAGAUCCACCAUGGAUAGAGGACUGGCAUUGCAGCGUCUACAAAAAAUAGGUUGCUUCGUGAGCACGGCUGAGAAUGUCCUUUUUAAACUGUUGAAGGACAAGAAUCAUCCUGCGUUCAAAGCGAUUUCCAAGUUGAAUAUGACACCGACUCCUGAAGAAUUUGGCGCUGGCGUCGUGAGAAAAGAGCCUUAAACAGGUUAUGGGCCCGGCAAUUUUUCGUUGUCGCUGUAUAAUAUUGAACGAAAGACUGGUUCAAAUUAUAAUCAUUCAUAUGGAAACUUCCAAAUAAUUUAUGGAAAUAACUUUCUGGCCUUUUUUAAGUUUUUAGGUUAUGGGCCCAGCAAUUUAGGUACAUUUAACUUUUUCCGUUUAUUUACUUAUUUAGUUUUUACUAAGCGACAUCUCAUGUUCAUAGGUAAUUGAGGCAAACAGAAUACUAAACCUAUUUGCAUUUUGCUCAUUUAUUUUGUAGGAAAGCUUUAGACUUUUCCUAAGUUUAUUUUAGAAUUACUCUUACAUCAUAUUUAUUUAAAGCGGAAAUAAUAUAAGCAUUCAUGUGAUAUACGCUGUAAUUGAAGAUCAAAUUGUAGUCAAUGACCGCCUCUGUGGCGCAGCGGUAGUACGCUUGUCUGUGACACCGGAGGUCUCGGGUUCGAAUCCCGGCCGGGGUGAGAAAAAAACUUUUUCUAAUUGGCCUGGGCCUUGGAUGUUUAUCUAUAUAAGUAUUUAUUAUAAAUUAUAGUAUUGUUGAGUUAGUAUCUCGUAA